AUGUCGGACUUCCUCGCAUCGUUGCAGGCGCCAAACGGGCGCACUUACUCGCAACCCUUGGGCCUCUUUAUCAACAAUGAAUUCGUCAAAGGAUCAGCAGAGAAACAGAUUACAUCCAUCGAUCCAUUCACAGAGUCUGAGAUUGCGACUGUACAAACAGCUUCAGCGGAAGAUGUUGAUAGAGCAGUCAAGGCAGCUCAUGCCGCGCUGAAGAGUGGCCCAUGGAAGACACUUCCGGGUACCGAGCGUGGAAUUCUCAUGAACCGCCUCGCUGACUUGAUGGAGAAGAAGAAGGAGCUGCUUGCCACUAUUGACACAUGGGACAACGGAAAGCCGUACAAGGAUGCCCUUGAGGGCGAUCUGCCCGAGGCCAUUAGCACAAUCCGCUACUAUGCCGGCUGGGCAGAUAAGGUCUUUGGACAGACUAUCUCAACCACGUCUGAGAAAUUCGCCUACACCAUCCGACAACCGAUUGGAGUGGUAGGACAGAUUAUCCCCUGGAACUAUCCGCUUUCCAUGGCUUGCUGGAAGCUCGGUCCUGCUCUGGCCUGCGGCAAUACCGUUGUUCUGAAAGCGGCGGAGCAGACCCCCCUCAGUGUCCUGGUACUGGGACAGUUGGUCAGAGAAGCUGGUUUCCCCCCUGGUGUUGUUAACUUCAUCAACGGCUACGGGAGAGAAGCCGGCGUCGCGCUUGUAGAGCACCCGCAAGUCGACAAGAUCGCAUUCACCGGGUCGACAUCUACAGCUCGCCAGAUCAUGACUUUGGCCGCCAAGACCUUGAAGAACAUCACGCUCGAGACCGGGGGAAAGUCGCCAUUGCUGGUGUUUGACGAUGCGGAUCUCGACCAGGCUGUCAAGUGGUCCCACUUUGGUAUCAUGUCUAAUAAGGGUGAAAUCUGUACCGCAACCUCCCGCAUUCUUGUCCAGAAGUCUGUCUAUGCAUCAUUUGUAGAGGCCUUUCAACAAAGGGUAGCCAGCACCAGCAUACUGGGCAACCCUUUUGACGAGACAACAUACCAAGGCCCACAAGUCACAAAGCAACAACAAGAAAGGGUCAAAUCUUUCAUCGACUCCGCUGUCUCUGAGGGCGCAACUGUUAUGACCGGCGGGCAGAAAGAUCUGCCUGGGGAUAAGGGCUAUUUUGUGCGGCCUACUGUGCUGACCAAUGUCACCGAUUCUAUGACAGUGUUCAGGGAGGAAAUCUUUGGUCCGGUUGUUGUCAUCUCAAGCUUUGAAACUGAAGAGGAAGCAGUUGCUCGGGCAAACAACACAACUUACGGACUUGGAGCCGCAGUCUUUACCAGAGACCUAGAAAAGGCCCACAGGGUGGCGGGUGACAUUGAAGCAGGUAUGGUUUGGGUGAACAGCAGCCAAGAUUGCGACCCCAGAAUUCCUUUUGGAGGCGUCAAGCAAAGUGGCAUUGGCAGGGAGUUGGGGGAGGCUGGCUUGGAGGCUUACACCCAGACGAAGGCCGUCCACAUCAACAUGGGCAAUCGCUUAUAA